CGCCAUGGUGCGUUGCAGGGAGGGCUGUGUGGACGGCAACGGUGCCGCUUGUAUGUUUCCACCUAGUAGAGAUACAUACACCGGAUCGUGUCGUUCGUCAAUUUGGGAUGAUCCAAGAAAUUCCCGAAGAUGUUAACACUGACCCCGUGCUUCAUGCCAUUGAUUUGAGGGGGAAGGUGGGCGUUGAUUGGAUGCGGAAACAUGCUCUGCAUUUACUAAAUUGGGGUAACCGCCUUCAACGGUGUUGUCAAGCAGUGCUUGGUGAUAUGCCUCCACAGCAUGAGUACUUCGACUGGUUCAAAAGGGUGACUCGGAGGUUCAUUGAUGUUCCUGGUGCUACAUUGACUAUACUGAUUGAAGGAUACCUCCGUUUGUUGAGCCGUCACCCGGUGGGCACGGAGGACCACCAGGAUAUUAUAGAUGUGUUGACUGCAGUACAGGCGAUUGGCCGUGUACGACCUCGGGACCCUGAGGUCCCGAAUGAGGAGGCAGCUACUCCUGCCGCAGCAGCUACUCAGAGGCCAAGCACUACUGAGAGCCCAAGCACGAGCAUAGCUCCCACUAGACGUUUGCGUGUUCGUACCCCUCGAGUUGUCCCUACCUCUGAUCCCCCUCCACCCACCCCACAUCCAUCCCUUAGCCCCACAAUCCCUUCACCCACCCUACAUCCAUCUCGUAGUCCCACCAUCCCCCCAUUGACUCCACAUCCUUGUGUUGGGCCUGACAUUCGUCCACCCACCCCACGGUCAUUUCCCGAUGUGUCACCCAUUCCAUCCUUUGACUUGGGUAUUCAUCUAACCCCACCUGACAUACAGCAGGAGCCACCCUCUGGCAGUAUGUCUACUGGCCCUUCAUCAGCCAUCACCCCACCCCAUGUUCAUGUUGAGGAAGCUAGUGGGUUACCUGUUCAACAAGAAGGUCGGCCGAAACGCAUAUCAAAGGCACCUCCUUGUGGGACAGGAGGGCACAAACAUGGACACAACGCUGGGCCCGAGGCAUCUGACGAAGGACAUGCAAGACCUCCUCCUUAUUAUACAAGACGGCAUAAGGUCCAAAAAAGAUGAUGAUGCUAUGAAAAGGCCGGAAGCACCAAAAUUCAAGUUCAGCACAAUAAAAGUAGCAACAAAUAACCUUUCCAAUGCCAAUAAGGUUGGAGGAGGCAGCUUUUAGGUCGAUUUUGAAGUGGCUGAAGUACCUCG